UUUUCCUCCCUCCUUCCCUCCUCUCCUCCUCCCUUCCCUUCCCCUCUCCUCCCCUCUCUCCUCCUUCCCCCCUCGGUCCGCCGGAGCCUGCUGGGGCGAGCGGUUGGUGGGGCAGGCGCUCACUCUCCGGGGCCGCCCGGCGGGUAGCUGGCGGGGGGAGGAGGCAGGAACCGCGAUGGCGCCUCAGAAGCACGGCGGUGGGGGAGGGGGCGGCUCGGGGCCCAGCGCGGGGUCCGGGGGAGGCGGCUUCGGGGGUUCGGCGGCGGCGGCGGCUUCGGGCGGCAAAUCCGGCGGCGGGGGCUGCGGCGGCGGCGGCGGCGGCGGUUACUCGGCCUCCUCCUCCUCGGCGGCGGCGGCGGCGGGCGCCGCGGUGUUACCGGUGAAGAAGCCGAAAAUGGAGCACGUCCAGGCUGACCACGAGCUUUUCCUCCAGGCCUUUGAGAAACCAACACAGAUCUAUAGAUUUCUUCGAACUCGAAAUCUUAUAGCACCAAUAUUUUUGCACAGAACUCUCACUUACAUGUCUCAUCGAAACUCCAGAACAAACAUCAAAAGGAAAACAUUUAAAGUUGAUGAUAUGUUAUCAAAAGUAGAGAAAAUGAAAGGAGAGCAAGAAUCUCAUAGCUUGUCUGCUCAUCUGCAACUUACAUUUACCGGAUUCUUCCAUAAAAAUGAUAAGCCAUCACAAAACUCAGAAAAUGAACAAAAUUCUGUUACCCUGGAAGUCCUGCUUGUGAAAGUUUGCCACAAAAAAAGAAAGGAUGUAAGUUGUCCAAUAAGGCAAGUUCCUACUGGUAAAAAGCAGGUGCCUUUGAAUCCUGACCUCAAUCAAACAAAACCAGGAAAUUUCCCAUCCCUGGCAGUUUCCAGUAAUGAAUUUGAACCUAGUAACAGCCAUAUGGUGAAGUCUUACUCAUUACUGUUUAGAGUAACUCGUCCAGGAAGAAGAGAAUUUAAUGGAAUGAUUAAUGGAGAAACCAAUGAAAAUAUUGAUGUCAGUGAAGAACUUCCAGCCAGAAGAAAACGAAACCGUGAAGAUGGGGAAAAGACAUUUGUUGCACAAAUGACUGUGUUUGACAAAAACAGGCGUUUACAGCUUUUAGAUGGGGAAUAUGAAGUAGCCAUGCAGGAAAUGGAAGAAUGUCCAAUAAGCAAGAAGAGAGCAACAUGGGAGACUAUUCUUGAUGGGAAGAGGCUGCCUCCAUUUGAAACAUUUUCUCAGGGACCUACAUUGCAAUUCACUCUUCGUUGGACUGGAGAAACCAAUGAUAAGUCUACAGCUCCUGUUGCCAAGCCUCUUGCCACAAGAAAUUCAGAGAGCCUUCAUCAGGAAAAUAAGCCUGGUUCAGUAAAACCUGCACAAACUAUUGCUGUUAAGGAGACACUGACUACAGAGCUGCAAACAAGAAAAGAAAAGGAUACUUCAAAUGAAAAUCGCCAGAAAUUAAGAAUAUUUUAUCAGUUUCUUUAUAACAAUAAUACAAGACAGCAGACAGAAGCCAGAGAUGAUCUGCACUGCCCGUGGUGCACUCUGAACUGCCGGAAGCUGUAUAGUUUGCUCAAGCAUCUAAAACUCUGCCACAGCAGAUUUAUCUUCAAUUAUGUAUAUCAUCCAAAAGGUGCUAGGAUAGAUGUUUCUAUCAAUGAGUGUUAUGAUGGCUCCUAUGCAGGAAAUCCUCAGGAUAUUCAUCGCCAGCCCGGAUUUGCUUUUAGUCGAAAUGGACCAGUAAAGAGAACACCUAUCACACACAUUCUUGUAUGCAGGCCAAAACGAACAAAAGCAAGCAUGUCGGAGUUUCUUGAAUCUGAAGAUGGAGAAGUAGAACAGCAAAGAACAUACAGUAGUGGCCACAAUCGUCUUUAUUUCCACAGUGACACCUGCUUACCUCUUCGGCCACAAGAAAUGGAAGUAGAUAGUGAAGAUGAAAAAGAUCCAGAGUGGCUGAGAGAAAAAACCAUUACUCAAAUUGAAGAAUUUUCUGAUGUGAAUGAAGGAGAGAAAGAAGUAAUGAAACUGUGGAAUCUCCAUGUCAUGAAGCAUGGAUUUAUUGCUGACAAUCAAAUGAAUCAUGCCUGUAUGCUGUUUGUAGAAAAUUAUGGACAGAAAAUAAUUAAGAAGAAUUUAUGUCGAAACUUCAUGCUUCAUCUAGUCAGCAUGCAUGACUUUAAUCUUAUUAGUAUAAUGUCAAUAGACAAAGCUGUCACCAAGCUUCGGGAAAUGCAGCAAAAACUAGAAAAAGGAGAAUCUGCCACCCCUGCAAAUGAAGAAAUAACUGAGGAACAAAAUGGGACAGCAAAUGGAUUCAGUGAAACUAACUCAAAAGAGAAAGCUGUGGAAACAGAUGGUGUCUCAGGGGUUCCAAAACAGAACAAGAAACAAAAACUCUGAUCCCAUGUUGGACAGACACUGAAAUUACUUCUAGGGAAUUCAGCCUUUAGGAAGAGUUUUGGUUCUAGGUUGUUUGGUUUUUUAAUCAUGGAUUUGGAAUAAGGAAGAGUUUUGGUUCUAGGUUGUUUGGUUUUAAAUCAUGGAUUUGGAAUAAGGAAGAGUUUUGGUUCUAGGUUGUUUGGUUUUUAAUCAUGGGUUUUGAACAGGCAGUGUUAGAUGAAGUCAUUGAUUUCAGUGCAGAGGUUAUGGGUCUGCUUCACUUCAUUCUCACAUUUAUCAGCUUUAGUGAUGUCAUCAAUUUGUUUUGAACCUGAAAAACAGUACUUCACAGAUUUUUUUUUUUUUUUUUUUUUAGGUGCAACAGUCAUUUUUUAAAAUAUAUUGAGUUAAUCUAGAAAUUUCACACCUAAAAUUUAAAUUUGUGACUGGCUAUUUUUCUGCUCUGUAAUUAUGAGACAUUUUCUGGGCAGGGAAGGUUGGGAUGUUACACCCUUUUAAAAGGUGGAGAAUUUUUGUGAAAUUGUUACAACACUGCCACUUUCCUCAGACUUUGACCCUUGAUUCAGAAACCAUUAAUGCAUUUGGAAUGAAAAGUUACAAAGCAAGUUCUGUAUCAGUUCCUGUUGCGAGUUUAAAAUAGUACCUACUCAUCUUCUGCCUGUUGGAGAGGUUAAUUCUCCAUGUGGACCAUGCAGUGUCACAUAACAUUGAGGUUACCGUUUUUUAAUGCUUGUUUACCUAACAUAUGUUUUGACUUGAACAUGUUUUAGUUUUUCUUUCUUAACUAGGUAAUCCCAUGGGAAGUCAUUCUGUGCACUUCUUUGCAUUAGGAUUAUAAAGCAAGAGAAACAGUUGGAGAUUUUGUAAGAUGCCAUUUUGGGGUGGAAGGUGUCCUUGAAAAUGAACCAGAAGAUGUUACACCAUGUUUUCUUUGUGAUCUAUAUUCAUGAUUAGAAUAUCCAUGCAGAUAAGCUGACUUGAAUUGUUUUGAGCAAUUUUCCCUGUGUUGUGUGUUUUACGCACAUAUUUGCGGUUGGGUUUUCUCCAACAAAGUGGUUUCACUACUGGCGUAUUAAUAAGCACCAAUAGGUUUUUAUUCCAACUCCAAGCACUGUGGUUGAAUAACAUCACCUCAAUUUUUUUAUUAUCCUUUAAAGAUAAUGCAUUUUCAUAUUCUUUAUUUAUAAAGGAUCAAUGCUGCUGUAAAUACUGGUAUUUUAAUGUUUUAAUUUCAUUCCACCACCAUCAGAUGCAGUUCCCUAUUUUUGCUUAGUGAAGGGACAGAAGCUUUCUCAUGGUGUCUUCAGAGGUUUAUAAAUGUAAAUACUGAUUUGGCUGGUCUUUAUGAUGUGUUUAACUGUGAGGCUAUUUAAAUAGUGUGGAUGUGAUUUGUCAUCCAGUAUUAAGUUCUUAGUUACUGGUUUUUGUGUUUAAAAAAUAGCAAAGAGGGAAACUGCAGUUUUCUUUGCAGACUCUCUGACUGGUAAACUCUACUCAUGAGUUCGCUGAACUCUCAUUUUGCCGCUGGGUAGUGGGUUCUAAACAUUUCUGUUGGGCUUUAAUUUGCUAAAGCUGUGCAUAUAUGUAAAAAACAAAUAGAUUAUUUUAGGGAAGAUGUAGGUGUAGAAUUAUUGCUUAUGUCAUUUCUUAAGCAGUUAUGCUCUUAAUGCUUAAAAGAAGGCUAGCAUUGUUUGCACAAAAAUUGGUGAUUUCCUUCCCCCCGAAUAGUAAUGAAAUUACUUCUGUUGAGUAAACUUUUUAUGUCAUCUUAUAAUAAAAGCUAAAAAUGCCCUUUGUUUCUAUUUAUAAAAAAAAAAAAAAGCUUUUCUAUAUGUACCCUUGAUAACAGAUUUUGAAGAAAUCAUGUAAGAUGAUAAAGCAUUUGAAUGGUACAAUAGAUGUAAAAAAAAUU